AUGUCCGAGCCGCUUCUGAGCAGCUCCCAGAUCACCGCCUUGCGCGCCUCGGAGCUCGAGCAGUGGAAGACGCAGGAGAACGCCGCCGACCUCAUGGUGCCGCUCAUCGGUCGUCUCUACCGCGAGCACAACGUCGUGACCGUGCUCUUUGGCAAAGGCCUCGUGCACCAGAACAGCAUCGAGCUCAUGAAGCUCCACAGCUUCGUCUGCAAGUACGUGGGCAAGCGCCUGCAGCCAACCGACACGCUCGUGGUCCUCCAAGCGCUCGUGCAGUACCGCGCCCAAUGCGCGCGGCAUGCGCAUUGA